AUGUCUUCUUUGACUUAUAUCAACGAAAAAGGCGCUGGUCAGAAACACAGCGACCUAUGCCAUUAUUCCCAGGCAGUUGUCUUGGGGAACAUUGUCAAAUGUUCCGGACAAGGAGGCUGGGAGCAGUCCGGCGCUCUGGAUGCCGACGAUAUUCCCGGCCAAGUUGAUCUAGCUUUCCAGAAUGUGGACAGGGUGCUGCAAGCCUCGGGUCUUCGCGGCUGGGAAGACGUUUAUUCAAUCCGCAGCUACCAUGUCGAUAUCGGUUCCUCAUAUGACCUGACCGUCAAGAAGCUCAAGGAGCGUAUUCCGGGCCAUCGACCUAUAUGGACCGCUAUCGCUGUGCCUCAACUAGCGUUCCCAGCAAUGAGAAUAGAGAUUGAAGUGGAGGCGAUCAAACAAACCUGA